AUGUCAACUAUUGAAACCGUCACCUCCACGACAACGGCGAUACCGCCCACGGCGGAGUUGUUGGAGGCUGCCUUUAGAAAAUAUGUUCUUCGCUAUUUGAACUUAUUGGACCGGGUCCCGGGAGGAGCGGUUCUUUUGCGCUACAUCAAGUCGUCCUACAGAGACGACCCAAUUCGGUCGUUAAUUGAGUUUUCGUUGGUGAUUUUCGCCGCCACUUACUUUUUCUCUUCGAAGAAGAAAGAAAACAGAAGGGAUUUGUUGACCUUGUCGAAGCGGGAAAUCGAUGAGCUCAUUGAGGACUGGCAGCCUGCCCCGUUGGUAGAGCCAGUAACAGAAGCUGAGAAAUGGAGACUUGAGGAUAUGGUUGUCAAGGGAGAGAAUUCCUCUCACAUUAGCAUCGUGCAGCACCCUGAGAUUCCCCUGGCGGUGAACUUGGCCGGUACAGAUUUUCUCAACCUUAACGCUGAUCAAAGAAUGAAGGACGCCGCCAGACAGACCAUCAACUCCGCUGGUGUGGGCGCCUGUGGGCCACCAAACUUCUACGGUACUCAAGAUGCUCAUGUGCGUUUGGAGGAGGACUUGGCCCGCUACUUGAACACAGAGAGCGCCAUUCUCUAUGGUCAGGAUCUUGUCACUGCUGGAUCUGUCAUUCCUGCUUUCUUAAAAAGGGGUGACUUGGCCGUCGUGGACAGCGGUGUCAACCAGGCAAUUCAAAAAGCCUUGAUUGUCAGCAGAUGCGAUAUUGUGUGGUAUAAGCACAAUGAUAUUGAUCAUUUGGAGCAAGUUUUGGGCGAACUCCAAGGUGUUUUGGCGAACCAGAAGCCAUUGCGUAGGAGAUUCAUCAUUACGGAAGGUUUGUUCGCCUACUCUGGUGAGCUUGCCAAGUUGCCUGCCAUCGUCGCUUUGAAGAACAAGUACAAAUACAGAUUGUUCUUGGACGAGACCUUGUCUAUCGGUACCAUUGGCAAGUUGGGCAGAGGUGUUUGUGAGCAUUUCGAUAUCGACAGAGACGAGAUUUCCAUCACCAUUGGCUCAUUGGCAAACGCUUUCUCUUCUUCUGGAGGAUUCUGUGCGGGAGUAGAACCAAUGAUUCACCACCAAAGAAUCAACUCCAACGCCUACGUCUUCAGUGCUGCGCUACCACCUUACUCUGCUAGAGUUGGCUCAGAGGCCAUAAAGUUGAUCUCUGAGGAUGUUACCGGUGACGGCGAGUCAAGGCUUCUUCAGGUGUUGCAUCAACUCCUUAGACAAGCAUACGAUAAGUUGACGGAUAACUUAAAAGAUUCCAAGUAUUUUGAAGUCAAGUCAAGCAGGUGGAGUCCUAUCAUCCAUUUGGGUUUCAAAGAUGAGUACCGCAAUGUUCUAGAGCUCCCUGAGGUAUACGGAAACAAUGUGUUAUUGACCACGGGCAAGCCUUCGAAAAAACAGAACCCAUUCAACGUCAAGUACACGUUAGAAUGUUAUAUUCUUCAAAAAAUUAUCAACGCAACACUCUCUAAGGACCACGUUUUGCUCAACAGGACAAGAAUCGUCUAUGAACAAGAGAAUCUUCCCGUUUUGAGCCCCAGAUUGUUGAUCCACCUCAACAUCGGCGUCACUUGGGAAGAGUUAAGUGCUGUUCUUGACGACUUGCCCUCUGUUAUGAAUGCUAUUUGCAAAGAGGUCGAGCUGCCCGCUGACUUAGACAGGCUCUACAAUGAGAUGAUCAGCCAGUAA